AUGCUCAAAAGUGAUCUCUAUCCUGAUUCAAAGAAAGGUUUCUCAUUGCUUGAAUUAUGCUGUUAUCAUAAGGCAGUUCAGUGUUUCAAGCUUCUGAGAACAAAAUUCAACCUUUCAAUUACAAGAAUGUGUCUUAAUUUUUCAUUUUUGAGCGGAAAUCCAGAAAUAAUGAAUGAGUGUUUGAAAUUCAAGACUCCCGACAAAAAAUGUAUGAAAUAUGCAAUUAUUUCUCACAAUAUUGAUUUUGUUACCUAUUUGAUGAAUGAGCACAACAUAAAAAUUGAUUUAGCAAGUUGCUGUCGGUUCCUCAAUCUUAAUGCAUUUUUCAUUUAUGUAGACCAAGCAAAUGAAAUCAACAGAUGCUUUGCUUUUUCAGGUGGUUUCAAUUCUUUAUCUUUCUGUUUAUACUUUUCAUAUAAAGGUGUAGAUGUAAAUGCAGCAAAUGAAAAAGGAAGGACAGCUCUUCAUUAUGCAGCAAAAUAUAACAGUUUGGAAAUUGCUCAAUAUCUUAUUUCAAAAGGAAUUGAUGUCAAUGCAAGAGACAUCAAAGGGUAUAAUUCGCUUUCAUGUGCAUUUUAUCAACAAAACUUUGAAAUGUUGGAUUUAUUGAAAUCACAUGGUGCAAUUCCCACAUUCGAAGUCGGACUUCGUAUAGGAUUUAUGAAUAAGAAAUAA